AUGAACCUCAACCUCUCAGGCUUCUUCGGCGUCUUCAAACUUGUGGCCAAGCCAUCGCUGUGUCUGCCCCACUCCACCGUCGCCCAGUUCAGCGACCUGCCCUACCCCCUGGAGAGAGCCUUCGAGGCCCAAGGGAAGAAGGGGCACAUCAAAGCGGUCAUACUUGACAAGGACGACUGUUUUGCCUACCCAGAGACCAGUUUAAUCCACCCGCCGUAUGUUGAGCGCUUCCGGCAGCUGCGGAAGGAGUUCCCUGGCCACAGUCUACUGAUAGUCUCUAACACGGCGGGCGCCAUCAGCUACGAUGGAGAUGGCAGACUGGCAAGCGAUCUGGAGUCCGCCACUGGAGUGAAGGUACUAGCUCACCGCGUUAAGAAGCCGGGCUGCGCAGAUGAGAUCAUGCAGCACUUCCAGAAGCACCCCGAGGUCGGCGUGACUCAUCCUAGUCAAGUCGCUGUCGUUGGAGAUCGUCUGAUGACCGACAUGAUGCUUGCCAAUACCAUGGGAAGCUGGGGGAUCUGGAUCAGGAACGGCGUUGCGCCGCCGGCCGAGAAGAGUAUCUUUGCAAGAUUCGAGUACCGCCUGGCGUCGUUUCUCGUUGCACGCGGCGUCAAGGCACCUGAACCUGCCAGCCCGUUUGAGUAG